AUGAAGCAGUCCUUUAUCACCUCCCUCGUCGCCCUUGCGGCUUCGGCCUCUGGCGUCUACGCCACCGAGAGCCUGAUCAACGUGCCUGUUGGACUCUGCGCUGCCAUCCUUGGUGAGGCGGAGUGCAACCAGAAGACCACUACCAGCGGUGGUCUGGUCAACGUCCCUGUCAAUGCCUGCAUUGCUGCUCUUGGAAAGGUUAAGUGUGACCAGGCUUCUUCCUCCAGCAGUGAUGGUGGCGCCCUUAUCAACGUCCCUAUCAACGUCUGCCUGGCUGUCCUCGGCGAGGCUGAGUGUAAGCAGAAGAGCACUACCGGUGGCGGUCUGAUUAACAUCCCCGUCAACCUGUGCCUUGCUGUCCUCGGUGAGGCCGAGUGUGACCAGGCCUCUUCCUCCGGCAACGAUGGUGGCAAUGGUGGUAGUGAUGGCUCUCUGAUCAACGUGCCUGUUGGACUCUGCGCCGCCAUUCUUGGGGAGGCUGAGUGCAACCAGAAGACCACCACCGGCGGUGGUCUGAUUAACGUCCCUGUUAACGCCUGCGUUGCUGCUCUUGGAAAGGUCAAGUGUGACCAGGCCUCUUCGUCCACCAGCAACGGUGGUUCCCUUAUCAAUGUCCCCGUCAACAUCUGCGCCGCCAUCCUUGGAGAGGCUGAGUGCAAGCAGAAGAGCACUACCGCCGACGGCCUGGUCAACGUCCCCGUUAACGCCUGCGUUGCCGUCCUUGGAAAGGCUAAGUGCGACCAGGUGACUUCUUCCGGCAACGAUAGUGGCAACGGUGGCUCUCUGAUCAACGUCCCCGUCAACAUCUGCGCCGCCAUCCUCGGAGAGGCUGAGUGCAAGCAGAAGAGCACUACCGCCGACGGCCUGGUCAACGUCCCCGUUAACGCCUGCGUUGCCGUCCUUGGAAAGGCUAAGUGCGACCAGGUGACUUCUUCCGGCAACGAUAGUGGCAACGGUGGCUCUCUGAUCAACGUCCCCGUCAACAUCUGCGCCGCCAUCCUCGGAGAGGCUGAGUGCAAGCAGAAGAGCACUACCGCCGGCGGCCUGGUCAAUGUCCCUGUUAACGCCUGCGUUGCCGUCCUUGGAAAGGCUAAGUGCGACCAGUUUUCUUCUUCCGGUAACGAUAGUGGCAACGGUGGCUCUCUGAUCAACGUGCCCGUUGGACUCUGCGCCGCUAUCCUGGGAGAGGCUGAGUGCAGCCAGAAGACCACCACCGGCAGCGGCCUGGUCAACGUCCCCGUCAACGCCUGCAUUGCUGUUCUCGGAAAGGCCAAGUGUGACCAGGCCUCUACCUCCACCAGCAACGGUGGCUCCCUGAUCAACGUCCCCAUCAACAUCUGCCUGGCUGUCCUUGGUGAGGCUCACUGCCACCAGAACUCCGACUCCACCACCGGUCUGAUUAAUAUCCCUGUCAACGUGUGCCUUGCUGUCCUCGGUGAGGCCGAUUGCCAGGACUGCUCUACCAAGACCCUCACCAUCGUCGACUCGUCCACCAUCCCUGGCAGCGUCCCAACUGGCUCUCUCACCGUCACUGCUCCUGACACUAGCUCCGAGACCUCUGGCGUCCCUGUCCCCGGCUCCGGACCUUCCGGUGCCCCGGGUGCCCCUGGUCAAUUCCCCUCCGGUGGUCGCCCCUCUGCCUCGCGCCCUGCCGGUGCUACCGUAACCGUCCACAGCACCACCACCAUCUGCCCCUCCAGUGCUCCCGGCGGCAAGAUCUCUUCUAUCCGCCUCAUUCCCUCUUCUGCUCCCACUGGAGCCACCGGAUCUGGCUCUGGUUCUGGUUCUGCUGGAAGCGCUAGCACCCCCAGUGCUACUCCUGUCUUCAACGCCGCCGGCCGCGCUACCCUGUCGGGUGUCGCCGUUGUCUUCGGUGCCAUCUGCGCCGUUGCCAUGCAGAUCUAA